AUGAAUUUGAUAUACGUAAAAAUUGAUGAUGGCAUAACUGGGCUGCUUGUUAUACUUGCUGAAUUGAUAAAUGGGACUUUUGAAGUCUGUGUUACUGUCGUUACUGGUUGUGAAGAUGUUGUAUCUGGUGAUGUCACCUCUGGCGGUGACACCUGUAUUGUUACUACUGGUGUCACUACCGAUACUGUUUGUAUCCCCGAUAUUACUACUAAUGUCUUUGUUUGUCCCUCCGAUGUCACUGUAACUUCCACUGAAGUCACUAAUGCAAUUCCGCAAGGCACACCAAGGCCACUGGCACCACAGCCACCAUCACAUAGGAAAGUUCCGGUCUGGCAAACGGACCUUGGCACUAAAUGUUGGGGAAAUGUUUCGUUACCGUGA